AUGAGCAUAAUAAGCUGGAACUACCACGGGGUAGCGGCUCCCGCGACAGUUUCUGAACUGCACAGCAUAUUAUAUUUUGAGCAUGUAUUUCACAUAGAACCCCGGGGGCUGUCCGGAGGGCUAUGCCUUUUGUGGAAUGAAAUAUAUAAUAUUAAUAUUUACUUUUGGAGUGAUAACCAUAUAAAAGCCCGUAUUGAUGAUAGAAAAGGAAAAAUAUGGGAGUGCAAUUUCAUAUACGGAAACCCAUGUUUUGGAAGGAGAAAAGAGCAAUGGAGAGCUAUCACAGUGAACAACAACAACAAAGGGGAACCACAACUAUUCAUUGGGGAUUUCAAUGACAUUUUAAGCCAAGAAGAGAAAAUAGGCCUACAUCCAAAGCCACAAAGUCAGGUAAGGGAAUUCAGGAAGUUUGUAGAUAUGAACUAUCUUAUGGACUUAGAUAUUAAAGGAGGAAGAUUCACAUGGUUCGGAAAUCCGAGGAAUGGAUUUAUCACAAGGGAGAGGAUAGAUAGGGCAUUAGUUAAUUGGGAAUGGAGAGUCUUAUAUCAGCAGGCAUCACUCAAAGCUUUGCCGGCUAUUAGUUCUGAUCAUUGCCCAUUAGUGUUGGACAUAAAUCAGGUUCAAAAGAUAGAUAAGAGCUUCAAAUUUGAGGCAUUUUGGACCGAUCAUGAGGAGUGCGAGGAUAUAGUAAGAAAGGGAUGGGAAAAGGAAGACGUCCAAGGAUGCGCCUGGAAAGGAAUUACAACAAGAAUGGAAAAUUGCAAAGAGGAGCUUAGGAAGUGGAGCAGGAGGACAAUAAAACGAGCAGACAAAGAAAUUCACAAGCUGAAGGAGGAACUAAAGAAGCUACAAGAUUCAGAUUUAACACAAGAGAAGCAGGAGAAAACACAGCAGAUAAAAGAGAAUAUAGCUACAUUAUGGAAACAGGAGGAAAAAUAUUGGGGGCAAAGAGCCAGGUUGAAAUGGCUAAAAUGGGGAGACAAGAACACAUCUUUUUUUCAUGCCACAACCAUUCAAAGAAGAGGAAGGAACCGAAUCGAAAAGCUUAGAAAUGAGGCGGGCUCAUGGAUAGAGGAUAGGAAAGAAAUUAUGAAGCACAUCGAGGAACGAUUUGACGCGCUGUUUACAUCAAGCAACAACACGAAUUGUGAAUCAGUCAUAAGAAAUAUUCCAGUAAGAGUCACGGAAAGCAUGAAUAGGGAGCUGAUCUCAGAGGUCACAGAAGAGGAAAUCCGAAAAGCAGUUUUUAGCAUGGGCAGCCUCAAGGCUCCUGGACCAGAUGGCCUGAAUGGACUAUUUUAUCAAAAACACUGGGAGAUAAUCAAGAAGGAAGUAUGUGCAGUAGUCAAUUUUUUCGGAAUGGGUUCUUGCCGGAAGAGAUUAGCGAAACCAUAGUAGUUUUAAUUCCAAAGGUCAAGGAUCCGGAAGAUCUCAAUCAAUUAAGGCCAAUAAGUUGCUGCAACUUUAUUUACAAAAUCAUAACUAGGGUCAUAGUGUUGAGGCUGAAAGGGCUCCUCUAGGAGAUAGUGUC